CUCGCUCUCGCUUCAGCCUCGUACAGCCAUUCGCUCUCGCGACCACGCCGCCGCUCGCCCGUUCACGCCACUCCUCUCGUCCAUCCUUGCCAGUUUCCUCCACACAAUAGUUGCGACGUCGCGUUCUCCCCUUGUCCUUCGUCGUGAGGUCGCAUUCUUCUCCCCUAUCUGUCUUUCCUCGUCGCUUGGUUCGCUCCAAGCCGCCUUCGUGCUCUGAUUCUUCUUCUUUGUGGCUGAGCAUCAUUUUCAUUGAUAUUCUAAGAUGGCUCUUUACGAGAACGGAGAGGUCAAGAUAGAGAAGAAGCCUAAAACAAAGAUUGUUUGUACUCUUGGACCAGCAUCCAGGUCAGUGCCCAUGAUUGAGAAGCUUCUGUGUGCAGGCAUGAAUGUCGCUCGCUUCAACUUCUCCCAUGGAUCACAUGACUAUCACCAGGAAACUCUCGAUAACCUUAGGGCAGCUAUGGAAAGCACUGGUAUUCUGUGUGCUGUCAUGCUUGAUACCAAGGGCCCAGAGAUUCGAACUGGAUUUCUGAAGGAUGGUAAGCCUAUUCAAUUGAAACAAGGUCAGGACAUAACCAUAUCAACUGACUAUAGCAUAAAAGGUGAUGAGAAUAUGAUCUGCAUGAGCUACAAAAAGUUGGCUGAGGAUGUGAAGCCUGGCAGUGUAAUAUUAUGCUCAGAUGGAACAAUCUCAUUUACAGUCUUAUCAUGUGACAAAAAUUUGGGUUUAGUUCAAUGCCGCUGUGAGAACUCUGCAGUUCUUGGUGAGAGAAAGAAUGUUAAUCUGCCUGGAGUGGUAGUUGACCUCCCUACAUUGACAGAGAAAGACAAGGAAGAUAUAUUGCAAUGGGGAGUUCCCAACAAAAUUGACAUGAUUGCGCUUUCUUUUGUUCGAAAAGGUUCAGACUUGGUGGAAGUUCGGAAACUACUAGGAAAACAUGCGAAGAAUAUUAUUCUCAUGUCCAAGGUUGAAAACCAAGAAGGGGUUGCAAAUUUUGAUGACAUCCUUGCAAAUACAGAUGCAUUCAUGGUUGCACGUGGAGAUCUUGGAAUGGAAAUUCCAAUUGAGAAGAUAUUUCUUGCUCAGAAAGUCAUGAUUUAUAAGUGCAACAUUCAAGGAAAACCGGUUGUGACUGCAACACAAAUGUUGGAGUCGAUGAUUAAAUCUCCCCGUCCAACUAGAGCCGAAGCUACUGAUGUUGCCAAUGCAGUGCUUGACGGCACAGAUUGUGUGAUGCUUAGUGGUGAAACAGCUGCUGGAGCUUAUCCAGAACUUGCAGUUCGGACUAUGGCCAAAAUAUGUAUUGAAGCAGAAAGCACCCUAGACUAUGGAGAUGUAUUUAAAAGGAUUAUGGAACAUUCUCCAGUACCAAUGAGCCCAUUAGAGAGUUUAGCAUCUUCGGCUGUUAAAACUGCUAACUCAGCUAAAGCAGCUCUUAUAUUGGUUUUAACUAGAGGAGGAAGUACUGCAAAACUAGUGGCUAAAUAUAGGCCAGGCAUGCCUAUUCUUUCUGUAGUUGUUCCUGAGAUCAAGACUGAUACUUUUGACUGGUCUUGCAGUGAUGAGUCCCCUGCAAGGCAUAGCCUAAUCUUCCGUGGGUUGGUUCCUGUAUUAAGUGCGGCAUCUGCUAGAGCUUCUAAUGAUGAGACAACAGAAGAAGCUAUUGAGUUUGCCAUUCAACAUGCCAAGACGAAGGGUCUUUGCAAGAAUGGUGAUGCUGUUGUUGCUCUGCACCGUGUGGGCACUGCAUCUGUUAUCAAGAUCUUGACAGUGAAAUGAACACCCCUAUUAAAGGAGUUUUCUGGCUGUCAUGCUUUUCCGUUGGUAAGUUGAUAACUCAUACAUACAACCAUAUGCCUAACUGGAUCUUUAGUUGGAUGGAAAGACAUCAGUUUAUAUAUUAAAAGCAUGUACCAGGGCGGUUUCCCUAGAAUUUGCUUAACCAUAUUACUCUAUUGAUUGUCUUGAAAUGGAAACUUUUCAUUUGUUGAGAUUUUCAGUGUUUUGCUUAACCAUAUUACUCUAUUGAUCGUCUUGAAAUGGAAACUUUUCAUUUGUUGAGAUUUUCAGUGUAAGUUGCGAUUCUUUUCGAAACAAAUAUUAUUGUGACUCGGGUUAUUCUCUGAUAUUCUUGAGGGUAUUUUCUA